AUGCUUUUCCGAUCGCCUGUCGACAAGCAACGCUCCAUGUCUGACUCAGACCUUAAGAGGAGUGGGGGACCAGGCAGUAGGAGCCCCGAAUGCUGCUCGCCUCCAACUCCCAGGAUGGAGCUGCUCAGCCCCUCCAAGGUGAAGGACCGCUCUCAGAACGUCACAGAGAAGGUCACGCAGGUACUCUCUCUGGAAUCUGAUGUACUGCCUGAGUAUAAACUCCAGGUUCCAGAGACAACAUGGUGGAUCUUGCUUCACUACAGCCCCUUCAAGGCAUUUUGGGAUUGGAUUAUUCUCAUUCUAGUCCUCUACACAGCUGUUUUCACUCCUUACUCAGCUGCUUUCCUCUUGGAUGAACAUGGAGAUUUACGUCAGAGGAGUUGUGGCUAUACAUGUAACCCUCUGAAUGUGGCAGAUCUCAUGGUAGAUGUGCUGUUUAUUGUGGAUAUAGUCAUCAACCUUCGCACAACAUAUGUGGACCAAAACGACGAGGUGGUUACACAGCCCAGUCGGAUAGCCAAGCACUAUAUCAAAGGCUGGUUCCCUAUUGAUCUUUUUGCAGCAAUCCCUUUUGACCUUCUCAUUUUCAGAUCUGGUUCUGAUGAGAUGGCAACCCUAACAAGCUUGCUAAAAACAGCUCGGCUGCUGCGAUUGGUCCGUGUGGCAAGAAAGCUGGACCGAUAUUCUGAGUAUGGUGCGGCUGUCCUUUUCUUGCUGAUGUGCACCUUUGUGCUCAUUGCCCAUUGGCUUGCCUGCAUUUGGUAUGCUAUUGGCUUUGUGGAGAGACCAUACACAGAGACUGGUUGGCUGGACAACUUGGCUGAACAGCUGGGCAAGUCAUAUAACGACAGUGACACCUCCUCUGGUCCAUCAGUUAAAGACAAAUACGUCACUGCUCUUUACUUCACCUUAAGCAGUUUGACAAGCGUGGGGUUCGGUAAUGUCUCUCCAAACACCAACUCAGAGAAGAUCUUCUCCAUCUGCGUCAUGGUCAUUGGCUCUCUCAUGUAUGCCAGCAUAUUUGGGAAUGUGUCUGCCAUUAUUCAACGACUGUACUCCGGUACAACCCGCUACCACACCCAGAUGCUACGAGUCAAAGAGUUCAUCCGAUUCCACCAAAUUCCAGGCAGCCUUCGUCAAAGGCUGGAGGAGUACUUUCAGCAUGCCUGGUCCUACACGAAUGGCAUAGACAUGAACGCUGUGUUAAAGGGAUUUCCAGAGUCUUUGCAGGCAGACAUCUGUUUGCACUUGAACAGAUCUCUUCUACAUAACUGCAAGGCUUUCCAUGGAGGCAGUCAAGCCUGUCUGCGUGCCUUGAGUAUGAGGUUUAAGACAGUCCACGCUCCUCCAGGAGAUGUAUUGAUCCACUAUGGAGACAUCUUGGACUCUCUCUUCUUCAUCUCACGUGGCUCCAUUCAGGUCAUCAGAGAUGAUGUGGUGGUUGCAAUAUUAGAAAAGAAUGACAUUUUUGGGGAGCAUAUCCAUCUGUAUGAUGAACCAGGGAAGUCCAAUUCAGAUGUCCACACCAUCACAUACUGUGACCUACACCGCAUCCUGAGGGACGACUUGCUGGAGGUCCUUGAUAUGUACCCCAGCUUUGCAGAUAAUUUCUGGAGGAACCUAGAGAUAACCUUUGAUUUAAGAGAUGCUGAUGAAGUACCACCAAUAAUAACAGCCGAUGAUUCUGGUGAUGACUGUGGUUAUCGCCACAAACCAAAACACAGAAUCCACUCCUUGGACUGCCGGAUCAGACCAGAUGGAAUUGAUCAUGAAGACUCAUACCCCCAUCAGUCCUUUCGUCACCGUCACUCAUCUCCUCAGUCCCACUGGGACGACCACUGUAGCUGCAGAUCCCUGUGUUCCCAGUCAAGCGAAGACCUGGCCAAGCCUCUUGCUCAUGGUACCAAAGUAGAGCCUUACCCUAAAGAAGAUACCAGACGGGACUAUUCCCCGCCUGUAGUGCAGCUCCUACCUCCAAGCAGUACCUCAGUGGGCAAGGAUGUUGGCCACCAAGCUUCAUCACUAAAUGUGCCAGGAAUGUAUCGAUACUGGCCAGACAGACAGUCACACCAGUUUUCCAGUCGUGCCUGGCGAUCUUCCUCUGUCCGUAAUUCAUACCACCCACCACCAUUCACAGAAGAAAGGCCUAGUGAGCUGGAGUCUCGACUUGAGGUUUUACAUUCACAGCUCAACAGACUGGAGACUCGCAUGACAGCUGACAUCAAUGUUAUUCUCCAGCUUCUCCAACGGCAGAUUGCUCCUGUACCUCCUGCUUACAGCACUGUAUCAUCCAGUACCCUCCCUACUGACUCCCCUGGCCUGUAUGGAACUGGGGCACCAGUGCUGCAUAGCAUGUACCCGAUUUCCCCCAUACAGAUGGACAGCCAGGGACCCACACAGGGCUCUACCCAGCCUGACCUUAAAUUCACCAAGAAAUCCCAGGAGUCACUGUCAAGUGGUAUCCAUGUGACUGUAGCGUCAGAUGACACCAUGUUCAUGACAGUCACCCCCGAAACUGAGACCCAUACAGGGUUGAUGCCGCAGCUGCCCCAGCCUUCAGCCAAAUCCUCCCUCAUGGAGAACCCCAGACUGUGCGGCAGCCUCCGCUACCCCUCACUGCCAGGAAACCUGGACAUCACCUCAGGACUGGCUGAGAUCCAGAAACACCUCUCAGACCCUGUGCUGCCUGUCAUCUGAAGACCUUCAGUUCCAGAGUUUUCCUGACAACCAGUGAGACUUUGAAAGUAGUAAAACACAGCUACUUACAGACUUUUUCAAGGAGCCAUAUGACUACUGCAAGAUUCAAGUAUCAUUACACAUUUGGACUGUGAGUGGUGUCUCAGAUUCAGAUAGUGGGCUACAAGGAACACAACACAGUUAUCAUACUUUUAAAAAGACAUUUGCUAAUUUACAGUAUGUGCACAAUUAAGAGUGCACAAAUUUACUGUACUUCACAACUUGUAGUCCUUUUUUACGUAUUGUUGUUCCUUCCCAGUUCAGUAAAUUUUGAGUGCCAUCCCUGUUGUGUCACAUUUAAUCCUGAGUAAUUGUUUUCCUAGUUGACUGGUACAGAGCUUCGAUCUACAGACUAGAG